AUGGCGGAACUAGCCUCCGUGAAGGUCGCCUUGCUAGACAUAGAGGCCAUCCCUGAAACUUUGAAGUCCAAGUGGGAUGACCCAGAGUUCGUCCCCUACAGAGAUGCCUUCCCAGCCGAGCACAAGGCGUCGCCCGAGGCGUUCCAGGCUCAUGUGCAGGACCUGAUGGCCCGCGACGUCAAGAUCUCGUAUCUCAAGGCUCUUCAGGGAUACCUAUGGGAGAGCGGCUACAAGUCUGGCCAGCUCAAGGCACCUCUCUUUGACGACGUCGCGCCCCGGCUCCGGGAGUGGAAGCAAAAGGGUCUGGAGAUCGUGAUCUACUCCAGUGGGUCUGUGCCAGCCCAGAGACUCUUGUUCAGAUAUACCAACUCUGAGCCAGCCGACCUGAACCCUCUCAUCUCCGACUACUUCGAUACGGUAAACGCUGGUCUAAAGACAGAAGCGUCGAGCUACGCGAAGAUUGUGGCCGCUCAUGACCAGUAUCCUCCCAGCAGCUGGUUAUUUUUGAGCGACAAUGUCAAGGAGGCAGAAGCGGCAAAGGCGGCUGGCAUGAAGAGCUUCGUCGUCCAGAGACCAGGGAAUUCGGACCUACCGGCGGAUAUGGAGAAGCAGCACAAGGUCAUCAGCAGCUUCGAUGAGAUCUCGUUAUCGGGGGCUUAG